AAUUACAGCCAAUAGAUGCUGUUGUUGAGUUGGGUUGGGAUUAGCAGAGGCGAAUGAGUUUCAAUUUUACUGGAUUACAGAACAAAGACGGGAAAGGGGACACGCUCCUGCGUUAAAGAAAAGAGAAAGAAAAGGGGCAUAAGAAUAAUAAUCCACCAAUCGGGAUUUAUCAGAUUGCCGAAAACCAAGAAUGCUUCGGAUUAUCGCGUUUCGGGAACACAUCGCUGGUAUAUAGAAGAGGUUGAAAAUCUAUCUGUUUCAAUUGGAUUAAAAAGAAGAAAACACCGCUGUGUGUCUCGGGAUUGACAGCCCAGGGAAAUUAAAACGGUCUUUUCGAAAGGAAUGGCGCAGGUCCGAAAAUCGUGUGACCCAUCUCGAAGUAGUUCCCGUGCCGAGCUGCGGAUUCCCAGCGUCUCCACAAAGCAGGAGAUCCUUACAAGCUUAGUGUCUGCAUUAGAUUCUGUGUGUACUGCUCUUUCCAAGCUGAAUGCAGAAGUGGCUUGUGUCACGGUUCAUGAAGAGAGCAUAAUCGCUGUAGGUACUGAGAAAGGCAGGCUGUUCCUCAACUCCAGGAAGGAAAUCCAGACUGACUUCCACAGGUUUUGCAGAGUGCCCUGCCUAACAGCCUUACCCACUGUGAUUGCUGCUGCCAAACCCCAGGACACUGAACCAACCAAGCUGAGCAAGGAGAGCGGGCAGGGCAUACAGCGGGCACCUGUGGAGACCCAGUCGAACAUCUUCGUUCUUAGAAAGAUGGUGGAGGAAGUUUUCAGUGUCCUUUACAGUGAGGCCAUGGGGAAGAACAGUAUAAUACCUGUGCCUUAUGAGUGGAUUCUGAAGGACCCCAGCUCUGUGACUGUCCAUGGUCUGCCUGAUGGGGUCUCCCUGAGAAAGCCAGCUGACUACGACACCAAGACCUUAAUGAAGAUCCUGGAGCAGAGCAACCGCAUUCGCUUCACGGUUAAGAGGCCCAUUGAAGAGGCUUCCUGGGAUGCCAAGUCCUGCCCUGAGCUCAACCACAACUCUGGUUCCAAGAGCCUUGCCAGCCACUCCACUGUUAAAGCUGCCAACCAGGAGACAGCGGCUGGCAGCGCCAUGCUCUCCACCUUCCUGUAUGGCAUCCCCAUGCCCAUGCAGGCCCACCCGGAGGGGAAGCCUGACCUUGCGCCCAGCUCGCUCCUCAGCGCCAUCCAGAACAGUGACCACCAGAGUGGCUGGGCGUCGCAGGGGGAGAAGACGGCUCCGGCGAAGGACUGCGCCGACAACGGCGACCGAUUAGGGGGGCCGGCAGAGAUGGGACAGAGUUCUCAGAAUGUGCACAUUUCCAAGCGCUUGUUGUUCUCCAUUGUGCAUGAGAAAUCAGACAAAUGGGACACGUUCAUUCGUGAAACGGAAGACAUUAACACACUGCGGGAGUGUGUCCAGAUCCUGUUUAAUAGCCGUUAUGCAGAGGCGCUGGGCUUGGACCACAUGGUUCCUGUGCCUUACCGGAAGAUAGCGUGUGACCCGGAGGCAGUGGAGAUCAUUGGCAUCCCAGACAAGAUCCCCUUCAAGCGGCCCUGCACAUACGGGGUCCCCAAACUUAAACGCAUUUUGGAGGAGAGGCACAGUGUGCGCUUUGUGGUGAAACGAAUGUUUGAUGAAAGGAUUUUUACAGCUGGUGGAAAGGCAUUCAAAGACGAGGGGAAACAGGACUCAGGGUCUCCAUCUGAAGACAGCUAUCCAGAGACCCCCAGGAUGUUACCAGCUUUCGAGGUGAUGAGCAACUCGCACAGUAGCAGAUCCACUAGUUCGUGUGUGAGCCCUGUAGGAGAUGGUGAGGCAGGGCCAUCAGGAGAUUGUUCCCCUAUUAAAAAGAUUAAAACUGAGCCACCAGACGGAGAAAUCAUUCAAGUGACAGUGCCAGAUGUCAGUGUCGUACCGGAGGAGCUGAGCGAGCCUGCGGCCGACUCUGCGGCCAGUGAGAGCCCCCACCUCUCAGACUCCCCCGCAGUUGAGUCAGUUGUGCAGGAGCCCAGACCCACAGCCGCAAGAAGGACUGUUAAAGAGGAUCUCGGAGAAAUGAUCCUUAGGCUGCGGAAGCAAGUGGAAAGCCUUUUCAAUGCGAAGUAUGGUGAAGCCCUUGGCCUCUCACAGCCCACCCGUGUGCCCUACUCCAAGUUCCAGAUGUACCCCGAAGACCUGUAUGUAACUGGGCUCCCCGAGGGCAUGUCCUUCCGCCGCCCCAACUGCUUUGGCGCCGCCAAACUGCGCAAGAUCCUGGCGGUCAGCAGUAACAUCGGCUUCGUGAUCAAAAGACCUGAGCUGCUAACUGAGGCCCUGAAACCUGAGCCCUCUCCCCACCCAGCCAACACCCCAGGAGCUGAACUGGAUUGCAAAGAUGUAGCGGUGGGGGACCCAGGCACUCCAGCGAAGAGACCUGGGUACUCAGACAGUUUAGAAGCCAAACUUUCUAGAAUUGACCUGGCCAACACACUGAGAGAACAAGUUCAGGACCUGUUCAACAGGAAAUAUGGUGAGGCCCUUGGCAUUAAGUACCCGGUCCAGGUGCCCUACAAGAGGAUCAAGAGCAACCCAGGCUCGGUCAUUAUCGAGGGGCUGCCUCCCGGCAUUCCCUUCCGGAAACCGUGCACCUUCGGAUCCCAGAACCUGGAGCGGAUCCUGGCGGUCGCACAUAAUAUCCGCUUCACUAUCACCAGGCCUUUCCAAGGGCUUAUUCCUAAACCAGCUCCUAGGAGGAUCACCUUGCUGAAGAAAGCCUAUGUCUCAAUAAGUGAUGAUGAAGAGGUAAACCGCAUGGGGGAGAAGGUGAUUCUCCGGGAGCAGGUGAAAGAGCUGUUCAACAAGAAAUAUGGGGAGGCUCUUGGUUUGGACCGCUCUGUUCUGGUGCCCUACAAGCUAAUCCGGGGCAGUCCGGACUCUGUGGAAGUGUCUGGGCUGCCAGAAGACAUCCCAUUUCGAAAUCCCAACACCUACGACAUUGCACGCCUGGAGAAGAUCCUCCAGGCUCGGGAACAGAUCACCAUCAACAUCAAGAGCCAGCUUCAGCCUUUUGCAGAAAUUUGCACCCAAGCCUGCAAUACAGGGAAAGAAGGCUCUGCCCAUCGCCGCAAGCGCAAACGACUUCCUGACACCAGCAGUGUCUCCACCUCUUCAGGGGUGGAGUCAGGAGUAACAUCCAAUCAAAUUCCUGUGAUGUUCAUGAUUUACGUGGCGUAUGCUUUGAGCUCGCCAGACAGAGAAUAUGUAGCCUCUGGACUUAAGAUGUGUGUGGGAAUUCGGUUUUCUUGCACUCUGGCUGCAGGAAAGCCUCCUUUCCCCAGUCUGCCCAGACUGACCGUUGCAGAGGUUUUUCACAUCCAUUAUCCUUCCCUCUUUUCUUCUUUCCUGUCAGGAACCAUGGCACAGAUCACAGUGUCUACCAGCGCACACUGCACAGAGGAGCAUCCCUCUGACAAGCGCAUCGUAGUGACUCUGCUCAUGUCAGCACUGGAUUCUAUGUGCAAAGAGCUUGCAAAGUCGCGAGCUGAAGUGGCCUGCUUUGCAGUGUACAACCAGGAGGUGUUUGUGGUUGGAUCCGAGCGGGGCAGGGCCUACACCAACACCAGGCCCGACUUCCAGAGAGGUUUCGUCACAUACUGUGAAUCUGAAGAGAAGAAAGGGAGAGAACAGAAGCUCAAGUCUUACAGUUAUGAACAUGGAGAGGUUUCAGACAAAGAGACUCUGAGGAAAGCAGUGGAGGAUCUUUUCUGUAUUUGUUACGGAAGGGCUUUGGGUAAGCCCAGUCUUGUCCCUGUGCCAUUCGACAAGAUACAGAGUGACCCCUCAGCAGUGGUGGUGAAUGGUCUUCCAGAGGGAGUCUGCUUUAAAGAGCCUGCAAGCUAUGACACUUUAACACUGAAACAAAUCCUGGAGGGUCAGUCUCACAUAGCCUUUACUGUCAAAAGGGCAUUUCUGGAACAAAAGGAGACAAAAGUUAUUACAGGAGAGCACACCAACACCACCAGGGAGUUUGAAAGGAGAGAAUAUGACAGCUGUAUACCUGUGCCAGUGAAGGCAGAACCGGCUGAGGAACAUGAGGAUCUGGAGAUGACAACAGUAACAGUAAAGGAAGAACUAGAAGACACUGGUUAUAACAGUUCCCUCCUAACAGACUCAGCCUUGCAAGCCAGCUCUGAAACAAGUGAGGACCCUGAGGUAGAGGUGACAAUUGAGGCCUCAGCCGACUGCUGGUCGAAGACCUGCUGUUUCGCCCUGGGUGAUCAACAGCAGUCGGACUUUCAGCUGUCUGGCAGCCCCCAGCACUUCAACAGCAAAAACACCCAGUGCAGCACCAAGUGGGGCAUGACUGUUCUUCGUAAGUGGUACCAAAGCCAUUUCAGGCGCCCGGCUUCCACCAUCGACAGCAUGUCGGCCCUGGAGCUCGACGAGGUCCUGAGGGAGUUCUACAUCAACGCCAAGACCAGCAAGAAGGACAAGUACACCAAGAACUCUCUCAACGCCAUUCGCAAGAGCAUCAACCGCUACCUGCGGGGACCCCCUCUGCGGCGGGACAUCAACAUCCUGUGCGACUCCGAGUUCCCCGCGUCCAACAGGACGUACCGCGAGGUGUGCCGCACCCUGAAGAUCGAGGGCAAGGCCUCCACCAAGCACACCACCCCCAUGGCAGUGGAGGACCUGGUCAAGCUGUACCAGAGCAGCGUGCUGAGGCUCACCACUCCUCAGACCCUCCUCAACAAGGUCUGGUUCGACAUCAUGUUCUUCUUCGGUCGCCACGGCGGCGGAGGACGGUACACGCAGCGAGAGUUCACCAGAGAGUCUUUCGGCUUCGGGAUUGAUGAGUACGGGAGGGAGUUUGUCUAUGCCGUGAAGGACGAGCGAGGUGACUUGGAGCAACAGAACUGUCCCAAAGUGCGGAUGUAUGCCCUGCCAGGAGACCCCCGCUGUCCCGUGGCCGCCUUCCAGCUCUACCUGUCCAAACUCAACCCCUUCAGCAAUGCCUUGUUCCAGCACCCCAUCCUGCACCCCUCCACUGACAUCUGGUACAACACCAAACCCGUCGGGGUCAAUGUGCUAGGCAGCAUGAUGCCCAGGCUGUCUAAGGAGGCUCAACUCUCUGCCAUCUACUCCAACCACAGCAUUAGAAUGACCCCUAUCAUGUUGCUGCAGGGCCUACUGCAGAUGCAUACCACGAAGGCAACUUCACUAAAAUCCAAGCACCAGUAAAAACGGAAAAAGAGACCACCUCUUUUCUAUAAUGUGUUCUGUGCCAGCAAAACAGCCCUGUCACCUUUUUCCACAGGGUUAGGCUCCAGGCAGCUCCCUGUUUAUUUGCCUUGCGGUGACGUACUUUCAAGCUCCAGUACAGCCACUCUCACAAGCCCAUGAAUUGUACAGCUGCCGAAUGUCUUUGCUUUUGUUUUAUUGUGACAUUGAAGCUACUCCCCUAUGAAAUGACUGUGUAUUUGGAAAGGAGUGAUGACACAAGGAGAGCCCGAUCUAUCAAUCCCUCUAUUGAAAUAAUUAAAUGCUGUAAUAUCAAAGUAGGAGUUUGCUGUAGUGUGCAGUGCUAAUCUCCUUCUAGGCUAUCAGAGGUCUGCGGUUACCUUUAAAUUCUCGUGACACAGGAGGGGAAUCCUCUGUGGCUGGUUUAGCCUCCUUGUGCCUUGAUGACCCCGACCUUUGUGUGGGCAGGCAGAGCUGCCUUCCUUGUGCUGUCUUUGUUCUUUUGCACAUUCACAUACAGUAUGAUGAGCUGACUUGUCAGUUCACUGGCUUUUUAAAGAUGUACAUGUGUGACUGUCUGUUUGUCUGUCUCUCUGCAUGCACGGUAUUGAAAGAUGCGCAAUGUACUGUAAAAUGACAAACAUUUGUGUUUAUCUUAGCAUGUACCAGGACAGCUUCCAAAGCUUUACAAUCCGGCACUAAGACGAGUUUUUGUUUUCCAAAAUUGUGUUUUAAAGGUUUUUCAAAUUAGUGUUUUUAUAUACCUGAUAUCUUUUUGCUGAAUUUGCACCUGUAAACUGUUCCGUCCUCUUUGGGGAAAAUGAGAUUUAAAGUGUUGCAGCAGAGCACGAAGUCAGGAGGAUCGGUGUGCCCGCUUUCUCUGCUGUCUUAGUUUUUAUAUUGCAAAUCUACAGUAAGUCCCCGUUUCAUUCCUCAGAGUUUAGUACUACGACUUUGAGAUACAACAACUCUGAAAACUUGAUUUCAUCAUUUAGCCUGUUUCUUACAUCUUGGUUAAAGCUUCACUCGGAGGCGUUCUGAAUUGUUUUGGUUAAUGUGAAUGUAUUUUUUCAUAUUUGCUGAGAUGAGGUCACCCUAGGGAGAGGUGGAGGAUUUGACAGGCAUGGCUCUUCUUUCCCUGGCAAAACAGUCCCCCUGGGUGCAGCUCAGUCAGCCAGGGCCACGCCACUCCUUCACCCUUCAGCUGGCGAUGUGAGGCCUGCAGUGUGUCAGGGAGCAAUGGCUCAGUGGGUGGGCGUGUCAGAGGAACCUGUCUGCACUUCCUCGUUUUUCCCAUGUGGGCACAGUAAUUGUACUCGUGAGCCGAGACGUUAAGAUGCAAUCGAUGAUUCCUAUUUGUCUGACACUAUGAUAGAAAUAAUUGUUCUAAAUUGUUUUUUAAAUAUAUAUACUGAAUAACUUGUUCCCCCUGCUACUGUCUCCUGGCAUGCUGUGUAAUAUUUCCUCCUGAAGAGUGAGGUAACACAUUUCUGCAAUACUUCCUUGAGACAGCCUUUGUCCUGUAUAUGUUAAUGUCAAUACGACCUGCAUGGUGUAAUUCUGUCUCUUGUUACUUCUGUUAAUGGCAGCUUACCAAAUCUGUUGUUGCCCGGUUUACAGUUAAUGUAGUACUGUAGAUGCUAUACUAUACCGGUAUGUAUCUAGUUUUCACGUAGUAGCCCAUAGUCUUAGCAUUUAUCAGCUAAAGCUGAGUAAAGUUCUAGGCAGUGGUGUUUUCUUUGUACAUUUGUCCUACUUGUCCUUUCUGUAAGUGGCUUAUGUAUUUUUAUGAUGCUGCUAUAAACAAAAAUGUAUAAAGAUGUCUGAAUUUGUAAAGCAUUCCCAUUUUAUG